UUGGCAACACUGGCAUACACUUCAUUUGCACAUAUUAACUCGUAGAGAGACCGGGACACAAAAUCACGGUUUGGAAAUAUUCUUAUUUCAGUCGCGCUCGUUUCGACAUCAAGGGUGGGGAAUCUAUUUAUAAAUUGGGGGAUGUUCCAUGCGUCGCCCACGCCCGCAGUGCCCACUAGGUGCAGAUAUGUCUUUUCGUGUUGUACGCAGCAGCAAGUUCCGCCACGUGUACGGAACGUCUUUAAAACGGGAACAAUGCUAUGACAAUAUUAGAGUUUCAAAAUCCUCAUGGGAUUCUACGUUUUGCGCCGUGAAUCCUAAAUUUUUGGCCAUCAUCGUUGAAUCCGCGGGCGGUGGUGCUUUCAUAGUCUUACCCCAUAACAAGGUAGGAAGAAUAUCAGCAGACUAUCCUUUAGUGGGUGGACACAAGGGUCCUGUAUUAGAUAUCGCAUGGUGCCCUCAUAAUGAUAAUGUCAUAGCUUCUGGAUCCGAAGAUUGCGUUGUUAAAAUAUGGCAAAUACCGGACGGUGGUAUUUCCAGGACAUUGACCGAAUCUGUGGUAGACCUGCAGUUGCAUCAACGAAGGGUCGGACUUGUGCUAUGGCAUCCAACAGCAUUAAACGUAUUACUCACCGCUGGAUCAGACAAUCUUGUUUUAAUCUGGAAUGUUGGAACCGGCGAAUGUUUAGUAAGAAUAGACUCUCAUCCUGAUGUUAUUUAUUCUGCCUGUUGGAACUGGGAUGGAUCCCGAUUGGUAACUACAUGUAAGGACAAAAGGAUUCGUAUCUUAGAUCCAAGAACAGGAAAAGUUUUAGAGGAUGCUAUUGCCCAUGAAGGAAGCAAGGCAACACGUGCAAUAUUUCUAAGGGGAGGUUUGGUCUUCACAACUGGGUUCAGUAAAAUGUCUGAAAGGCAGUAUUCAUUACGAGCCCCAGACAUGUUAGGUGAACCUAUAGUUAUGGUAGAAUUAGAUACCAGCAAUGGAGUUAUGUUUCCUUUGUAUGAUCCUGAUACAAAUUUGGUAUAUCUAUGUGGCAAGGGUGAUUCUGUUAUUCGAUAUUUUGAAAUUACACCCGAACCUCCGUUUGUUCAUUAUAUCAAUACUUUUCAAACUCCUGACCCUCAAAGAGGCAUAGGAAUGAUGCCGAAACGAGGUUGUGAUGUUAAUAGCUGUGAAAUCAGCAGAUUUUACCGACUAAAUAAUUCGGGCUUUUGUCAAGUCAUUUCCAUGACCGUUCCUAGAAAGUCUGAGCUUUUUCAAGAAGAUUUGUAUCCUGAUACUCCUGGAGAUACAGCUGCAAUAACUGCGGAAGAAUGGGAAAGCGGCGUUGAUGCUGAUCCCAUACUGAUAUCUCUUAGAGAUGGCUAUCAGCCAUCGUCAUCGAAAAAUGAACUUAAAGUACAUAAGAAGACGAAUAUACUGGAUAAAGGGGCAAAAGUUGCAUCCAAUCCUGCACAAAAUACUGCACAAGUAUCACCUGGCAUUUUUGAAGAAAUGUUAAAAGAAUUCACAGAGGAGAUAAGAAAGUUAAAAGCUGUGAUUGUAAAACAUGAAGGAAGGAUACGAGUAUUGGAAUCAGCUGUGGCUCUUCAAAUGAAGGAAGAAGAGAGAAAUGAAAAGACAUCUUCUCCUGCUGACAGAGAGUUGCUAGCUUCUGACGAAGUGUAAUUUCAGAGUCAUAUUUUUAGCUGACAAAAAUAAAAUAAUUAAUCGUGUAACAAAGUAAUUAUAUAUUUUGAUAUAACAAUUUGUGUAAAUAGUAGGUUUCAGCGAUGUGAGGCGUGUUUUGAUUCUUGCAAUGAUCUUUGCUAUUUAUUGUACAUCAUUCAUCAUACAUCUACAUUUGUACUAUCUUUACAUCUCUUUAUUGUGUUAAAAGUUAACUAAUAUGGUGUUAGCUGCUGUUAGUAUUAAGACAUCCCAUGAUCAUAUAUACUAUAGUAUUUUACUAUGUAUAUGAAACUUUAUAACAAUAAUUGUUGAAAAGAAAAGAGUGCCUAAUUUGUACAGAUAUUUUGCUGUAAAAUAACAAAAGUAAAAAUAUUCUAUUUAA